UUAACUUUUUAAUGUCUAAACAGAACCGUUUAAAGAGAAAUAAUAAGUUCUCUUUAGAGAGAAGAGCAAUCUCCCUGACUAUCAGAAUCUGAUCAAGUUCUGUUUGAAAAAUGGAAGGGAGUGUGUUUACGCCUUGUUUGGAAGGAAUGAAGCAUGUCAAGUCUGAACAUGGCGAGAUGCUUUCUAAGCCUUUUCUUGACCUCUGCAAGACAAUCUUGCCUGUUUUAGAUAAGUUUGGACCCGCUAUGACUCUCGUGAAAUCUGACAUUGGUGGCAACAUAUCGAGGUUGGAGAAGAACUACUUGUCUGAUCCCGACAAGUACAAGUACUUGUACACCUUUGUUCAAGGUGAAAUUGAGUCUAAGACUGCAAAAGGGUCCUCUAGUUGUACCAACGGUCUUCUCUGGUUAACCAGAGCAAUGGAUUUUUUAGUGGAGCUGUUCCGCAAUUUGGUAGCACAUCAAGACUGGUCAAUGUCACAAGCUUGUGGCGACUCGUACCAAAAAACACUCAAGAAGUGGCACGGAUGGCUCGCUAGCUCUAGCUUCUCUAUGGCUUUAAAGCUUUCUCCAGACAGGAAGAAAUUCAUAGAUGUCAUAUCUGGUACUGGUGACAUCUACACUGACAUGGCAAGGUUUUGCUCUGAGUUUGGUCCGUUGCUUCAAUAUAAUCAUAAGUUCCUGGCUAGCGUUCGUAUGGACGACAUGAAAGCUUCUUAAGCCAUCAUUUAUGGUUUUGGUUAUCACCGGUAUUGUAAUCUGCUUUGCCGGAAACCUCCUCCGUUUUAACUUUCUUCUUCUGAUUCUAAAACUUUUAGACCUUCCAAAGAAACAGAAUAAUUUGUCCAUUUCUAUCUGAAUGUUAGUUCAUUUAUGUUAGAAGUUUAUAACAUACGAAUCAA